ACUUGGAAAACAGAGUGUGUGUACACAGCUGCAGGAGCAGUUAAGGGGCUGAUGUGAGCUACAGUAUGUAGCAUAAAUAGUGAGCAGACAUGUGAAGGAUAUAGCACAUGAUGAGGAAACGAGUAACAGGGCAAUAAAGUCCAGGCGCCAAGCAGCCCAGUUGCUAAGUAACGUUAUAAAACAAGAAGAACCUCGACUAUCCCCGUUCAGAUCAGGAAGAAGUGAGAGACUGUGAGAUGAGCAACCAGUUCACAGAAGCUUAAGGAAUGCUCUUCACUUGAUUAACAACAAUCCAAAGGGAAAAAUAUGUACCAUGCUCAAGAGAAAGGAAGCAAAAAGGACAAAGGUGACCCUCAAAACUGCAAAGAAGGCUAUACGCACGACCCCAGAUGGACGGCGUAGACUCGUUCUUAGCAACAUGGGAAUAACCAUAUUCCCAAAGUGCCUCUUCAAGCUAACCUUUGUGGACGAGUUGGACUUGAGUCGCAACCUCAUAGAGAAACUCCCAGAAAACUUUGGGAACUUGUCAUCACUCAGAUGGCUGGAUCUACACAGUAACAAGCUAGUGUCUGUGCCCGAGUCCAUCGGCAACCUUAGGGGACUUACACACCUAAACCUCUCCAACAACUGCUUAACCUUUUCAGGUUUACCCUCUACCCUGGGCUCCCUGACUAAUCUGAAGAGUCUCAAUCUAGGAAUGAACCAGCUUGAUGACCUGCCUCUCACUUUGGUGGCCUUGGAAAAUCUUCAAGAAUUGGGCCUGUUUGAUAAUCUCUUUAAAAAGUUACCAAAAUUUCUGCAAGGCCUACGCAACCUCACCAAGGUGAAUGUGAAACGAAAUCCUCUAUCAUACCAUCAAAGGAAAGAUGAGACAUUACUGAAGGGAAAGUCAGAGCAUAAGGAGGAUGUGUAUCUGGUCCAUGAGAGCAGCUUGUGUAGGACCUGCCUUAAAAGGUGUCAAGCAGAGAGGGAAAAGCUUAUUAAAGGAGGUGCGGAAGGGAGAAGAGGAAGGAGAAGGGAAGCAGAAGGAGGAGGAGUAGAUAGCUGCAUGUCUGAAAAGAAAAAGAAAAGCGCAUUUCCUGGCCUGGUGGCACCAAACUCAGUGGCUAUAGUCAAUCAGGAUUUGUGGAGACUACGAGAAAAGCUUGAAUGUGUGCAAGUCAAAUGACCAGCAGGUCUCCUGAUGUCAACUUAUCAAAAAACAAAACAGCAGGAAAGGAUGGAAUGAUAGGUCAGUCACACAGCAUUUAAUAGGCGUGUGCAUUAUAUCAAGCUGUGACUAUUUUUUGUAAGCUUAAUGUUUCUACUGAUGAUUAAAAAGAAAUUUGUUGAAA